GCAACGAUUCAAGGCUGAAAACAAUGGAUUGCAUGUUUUUUCCCUUUAUGGGAAACGUUGAACAAUAUGGCUGUUUUAACUUAAUCAAACUUAAAAUUAUUAAAUUGCAAAGUUGCAUUCACUAUGAAUCUGAUAAAUACCACGAUACAUUAUACAAUGUCACAGCGGGCCCAGUGUCAGGGCCGUGACGAUUAACGGGCUUAUAAAAAAGCCCUUUGCUCCACAUAGACAUUCCGUGAUUCAUUAGUGGCAGUCAUUUCUUACGACAGCGAGAAGAUGGAAUUUUCCGAGCAAAACACGUUUUCACUCGGAGACACCAUCCACCCAUCAGUUUCCGAACGAUACUACAACCAGAAAUAUAGAAUAGAUAUCAAGAAACAACCUGGUUAUGAUCAGUGUGUCUUAUCUCAUUCAAAUAGGGUUUGUUUGGUAACCAUGGCAGCUUCACAUGACUUAAUAACAUCUGGAAGAAUUCCAAAGCAGAUAGAUUUCAAGAUCGAUGAUAAGACAGAUAGAACGGCAAAUAAAGUCAGUGGUAAAGGCAAAAAGGGGGCCCAGUGGCUUACAGAGAACUCCCCCCUGUGUCGUGUGACAUGCACUGAUGGUACAGAAUACAUACUUUAUAGCUGCCUGAGGGGUCAUCUUAUGGAAAUCAACGAGAGACUGUACAAAAAUCCUACCUUAUUAAUAGAAAAGCCAGAGACAGAUGGUUACUUGGCCAUUGUGAUGCCAAAACUUGUGGACUUUAAAUCUCAAAUUGAUAAACUUCUCUCUAUUGAGCAGUACAAAACUAACAUUGGACAACGAAAAGAUAAUUUAACAAAGGAUACAGAAACAGCAAAUGAAAUAGACAAUACCAAUGAUGUUACUUGAUGUUAUGGUUCUCUACCAUUUUCAACAAAACAAAACAGUAUUAUAUCAUCAUAUUGAAUUAUUCUGUCAGCAAUGUGACUACACUUUUGUAAUAAGUUCAGUUGAAAGCCAAUUUUCAAAAUGGCUACCAGUUUCAGAAUGGCCACCACUUCAGUGUCAAUAUUCAAUUCUUUAGGUACAACAUAUAAAACUGUAAUAUUAAUAUGUCUUAAAUGCAGAAAUUAAUAUUGGAUAUUGAUUAAGUUGAAAAUUGAACAUUUUUGGCCAUUAUACGCUUAUGAAUUUUGCUUUUGAAGGAAAAGUACUUGAGCCAUGUUUGAUAUGUGAAUACUUAUAAGCAUGGUACUCUGUAUUAUGACAUUAUG